CCCAAAGCGCAAGAGCUCAAACCAACAGACAAAUCACGUACAACUUUACAACUUCCUCUCUCUUUAGUCUCUCUCCUCAGCUAGCUCACAGAGAGCACGUAGCUAGCUGCUGUAGCUAGUUCUUGUGCGUGCAUGCACAUAGCUCAACGACGAGGAGAGGCACGCUGGUGUAACGACAGCAUGAAGGUUAAGAUCGAGAGCUCCAAGAUCGUGAAACCGGUGUACGACGUCGGCAUUGCGCCGAGCACCGCCAAGAGUGUGCCGCUCAACGUGUUCGACAGGGUCACCUACGACACGCACAUUGCCGUCAUCUAUGCGUUCCGGCCGCCCAACCCGCCCAACGCCGCGCUGGAGCAGGGGCUGGCCAGGGCGCUUGCCGUGUACAGGGAGUGUGCGGGGCAGCUCGGCGACGGGCCAGACGGGAGGCCGGCCGUGCUGCUCAACGACAGGGGCGCGCGGUUCGUGGAGGCCAACGUGGACGUGCCGCUGGACGGGUCCAUGCCGUUCAAGCCGGCGCCGGAGCUGCUGCGGCUGCACCCGAGCAUCGACGGCCUCGUGGAGGAGCUGGUGCAGGUGCAGCUGACGCGGUUCUCGUGCGGAUCGCUAGUGGUCGGGUUCACGUCGCACCACCACGUCGCCGACGGGCAGGCCACGAGCAACUUCCUCGUGGCGUGGGGUCUAGCAUCGCGGCAGCUACCCACCAUGGGGCCGCUCCCCGUCUGCGACCGCGCCACUCGGUUCCCACCGCGGGACAAGCCGCUCGUCGAGUUCCCGCACCGCGGGACGGAGUACUACCUGCCCGCCAAGAAGCGCGGCGAGGACGAGGGCGACGAGGAGCUCGGCGGCGUGGCGCACGACAAGAUCAAGGUCCACAAGGUGCACUUCAGCAAGGAGUUUGUGACGCGUCUCAAGGCACGCGCGUCGUCGGGCCUCCCGCUGCAGCAGCGGCGUGGGUACAGCACCUUUGAAAGUGUGGUGGGCCACCUCUGGCGCACGGUCACAGCGGCGCGUGGGCUGGGCGCCGGCGAGACUACCAAGCUCCGCAUCUCCGUGAACGGGCGGACGCGCAUGCGCCCCCCCGUGCCUCGCGACUACUUCGGCAACAUGGUCCUCUGGGCGUUCCCGCGAUCCGACGCCGGUGAACUCGUCUCCCGCACCGUCCAGCACGCCGCCGACCUGAUCCACCGCGCCGUGGCGCGCGUGGAUGACGCCUACUUCCGUUCCUUCAUCGACUUCGCGUCCUCGGGCGCCGUGGAAGCCGAGGGGCUGGCGCCCACCGCCGACGAGUCGCAGGUGGUGCUGUGCCCGGACCUGGAGAUGGACAGCUGGCUGGGGAUCAACUUCUAUGACCUGGACUUCGGCGGCGGGUCCCCGUUCUACUUCAUGCCGUCGUACCUGCCCAUGGAGGGCACCCUAUUCCUCGUGCCCUCCUUCCUCGGCGACGGUAGCAUCGAGGCCUACGUUUCCCUCUUCGAGGGCCACCUCGAGGAGUUCAAGAAGACAUGUUACAAUAUCGCCUAGCUAGUCCAAUCAAGACUGCAUAAUUCGCUGCCAACUGGAGACGUUCAGCAUGCAGAGAAGGAAUGUUGCAACAACACGUGCAUGGCGACAUGCUUUGUAGUUUGUUGGGUUGCACUAGGGUUCACGUUUUCGGUGCUUUUCGGGUCUAUCGGAUGCUCUAGUAGCAU